AUGGCCAGCAGUAUUCCGGCAGCGCUACGAUCUUCCGACAUUGGGCGCUUUGCCAUACGGGCAGCGCAGAUCGAAAAGGCCAAGCCCGUGGUUGCCUACUGGUGCAAUUACCAUAUCGUGAACCAGAUUAUCGAGCGAGGACUGCACAACUCGGAUGAUGAAAUCAAAACCUAUACUACAGACCUCGUCGACAAGUUGGAGCAGUUCAAGAAUGAGAACUCUCAAAAUGAGGCUGUGACAGAUAAUGAUGCGGCUAGUGCUUAUGUCGAGCAAUUCGGACUGGAGAUUUUCAACCGUGCCGAGGCCGCGAUGACUGCCAACAAAGUCACCAAACAAACUGCCGAUACAUUCCAAGCUGCAGCUAUCUUCCUCGAGCUAUGCCAGAUAUGGGGCGAGUUGGACACGGAGAUCGCAGGAAGGAUCAAGUUUGCCAAAUACCAUGCAGUUCGGAUUGUGAAGGCCUUUAAGGCUGGGGAGGAUCCCAAUGCGACGAACCCUCCACCGAAAGAAGAGGAAGAAUUGGUAACAGCGACUGACCCAGAAGUGCAAGCAUUCGAUGAGUCGGUGGCAGAGCAGGCCUCGAAGCCACGACAGGCGUCCGUCGAGGAUGUUCCAGACGAAGCAGAUCGUCUGACCCGCCAAUUGGCCCAUCAAUCUACCUUGGACGAGUCGCUGCACCCAUCACGGACAUCUUCCAUGCCACGUGCUCCUGCUGCUUCGGAACCUGAGAUCCCCUCUGUACCCAGCAACCCGCCCGGUACGCCUGGGAAAGCGAGGGAUAUUAACUUGCCGGACGCUGGUGGCCUGGACCUUCCAUCUACACCCGGAACCAUUGGUGGCAAAAUUGGUGGUCCUGCCCCCGUCAUAGAUCUCCCAGAUACUCCUGGAACUUCAGAUCUUCAUGUAUCGCACGCACCAACUCAUUCAAAUACCUUCCAGUCGUUCCCUCCCCCAUCCGCAACAAGCCCAUCGAUUGAGGCACCAAACCCAGCUUCUUUCUACGAUAUAUCUCGUGCCAGUGCCCAUAUUACACCCCCCGCUGCCCGUAUCCCUGUCGCGCCAGCUCCUGUCGCCCCAAGUCAGCCCUCGCACUCUGUGGACGAUCACAAUAUCUCCCUGGCACAGAAGCAUGCUCGUUGGGCAGUGUCGGCUCUCACCUUUGACGAUGUGGACACGGCGAUUAAAGAACUUAAGAAUGCUUUGAGGUUACUGGUGUUGAGAUACCUCUCAUGGCAUGCAUCUAUUCCUUGUUCUUCCUUAUUCUUGUUUUUCUUCCGGGUUAGAUUGGGGGGCUUUCUCGUUUGA